AUGCUGUCUGAUAGGUAUAGCGAUUCCGGCAGUGAGGUGUUGAGGAAUAGAGAAACAGGUGAAUGGAUAAAUCAGCAGAAUGUACGAGAGGUGAAGAGAUUUGAUGAAUUCACAACGAUAGAUUGGGUAGAAGAUGAACUUUGUGAACAUUGGAAAAGGUUAUCCAAGAAUAGAAGCAUUAAUAGUAGGGCUACAUCAUUUAAAGAUAAACUUAUCUCAGCAACGCAGAAUUGGUUUGUGCUAGGAUUUAUGGGUAUAGUGAUAGGAUUGAUCGCAGGGUGCUUGAAUAUCAUAACGGCCUGGCUAACGAGCAUACGAAUGGGUCAUUGUUCGGGUAAUUUCUAUUUGAAUGAGACAUUUUGUUGCUGGGAUCAGGACGAAGAUAAGUGUACUAAUUGGGUCAGUUGGUCUCAGAUCGGAUUUUUCAACUAUAUCAUUUAUGUAAUAAUAUCGGUUCUGCUAGCGUAUUCAGCAGCGAUCUUAGUCAAAAAAUAUGCUCCAAGUGCAGCCGGUUCAGGGAUAUCGGAAAUCAAGUGUAUUGUUUCGGGUUUCGUCAUGAAAGGCUUUUUAGGGUGGUGGACAUUACUAAUUAAGAGUGUAGGCUUACCACUAGCGAUAGCUUCCGGUCUAAGUGUUGGUAAAGAAGGACCUAGUGUACACUAUGCCGUAUGUGUGGGUAAUUCAAUUGCAAAAUUGUUUGGAAAAUAUAGAAAAAGUGCUACUAAAGCUAGAGAAUUUUUAACGGCCACAUCAGCAGCAGGCGUGGCAGUUGCGUUUGGUUCACCAAUGGGUGGAGUGUUGUUUUCGAUUGAAGAUAUUUCAACGGUAUUUCAACUUUCUACGAUUUGGAAGUCGUACUUCUGUUCUUUGAUUGCAGUCACCACAUUGGCUGCCUUAAAUCCGUUCAGAACAGGUCAAUUAGUAAUGUUUGAAGUAACGUAUAAUACUAAUUGGCAUUAUUUUGAAAUACCGUUUUACAUUAUUUUAGGUAUUUUUGGAGGAGUCUAUGGUAUUGUUGUAUCAAAGUUCAACCUUCGAGUUGUUGCUUUUCGUAAAAAGUACUUAUCCAAUAUGGCGGUGAGAGAGGUAAUAAUACUUUCUUCCCUAACUGCUUGCUUUUGUUAUUUUAAUGAAUUCUUAAGAUUAGACAUGACAGAAACUAUGCAAAUACUAUUCAAUGAAUGUGAUGCUGGCUCAGAACAUGCAAUUUGCAACCCAAAUUCCAAGAAGGUAUCAAUAUUUAUGUCAUUAAUAUUUGCUACUGUCGCCAGAAUGGUCCUAACUAUAUUUACUUAUGGCUGCAAGGUUCCAGCGGGUAUAUUUGUUCCAUCAAUGGCAACUGGGGCUACGUUUGGACGGGCACUUGGCAUGAUAGUGGAAAAGAUACAACAGAGUAACAAGGAAUCAUCAAUAUUUUCAACGUGUCCUGCUAAUGGGGAUAAAUGCAUUAUUCCUGGAACGUAUGCUUUCUUGGGUGCAGCAGCAGCAUUGAGUGGUAUAACUCAUUUGACAGUAACAGUUGUAAUCAUCAUGUUUGAGUUAACUGGCGCGUUGCGUUACAUUAUUCCAACAAUGAUAGUUGUCGCCAUCACCAAAAGUAUCAAUGAUAAAUAUGGUAAGGGUGGAAUAGCGGAACAAAUGAUAAAGUUCAAUGGAUUGCCAUUAAUCGAAUCGAAGGAGGAGUAUAGAUUUAACACAACAGUGAAAAGUGCUAUGUCAAAUAUCACUGUUGCUUUUCCAAGUGAUGAAUCGGAAAGUAUCUCAUUGAAUCAGUUAAAGAAGUUAUUGACAAAAACGACCUAUAGUGGGUUCCCAAUUAUUCAAUCCACAGCUCAUCCUCGGGUUAUUGGAUAUAUUACGCGAGCUGACAUAAAAUACAAUCUUGAGAAUACCGUAAGUGUCGGUGACAGUGUUAAAUGCAAUUUUAAUUCUGAACAAAGUCAGGAUUCAGAAGAUCACAUAGAAUUUGGCGCCGUUGUUAAUAGACACCCAUUUACAGUCAAUGUCACUACUACCUUAGAGUAUGUCUUGGAUGUCUUUGUGAAAUUAGGACCCGGAUUUAUAUUGGUGGAACAAGAAGGGUUACUUGUUGGAAUAAUCACGAGAAAGGACAUUCUCAGAUAUGAAUAUAGUGUACAUGCAAUGCAUUCCAAUAAAGAUUUGGAGUCUGCUCAUGCCGCAUUUGAUGAAAGGGUUUGGCAUCUCAUGAACUAUUUUGCAACUGCGCUCAAGAAAAAUAUAGGUAAACUACUUCAUAACGACGAAUAUCGAUAUAUACAUUAG